AGAAGUGGACAUCUUUACCAACUCAACCUUGUACACCAUGGGAACCAUACUCCACAAGCAAAAGCCCCAAGACAAAGAAUUCAGAUGCCAUAUUUGUGCAACAGAGAUGCCAUCAACCAAGAGAUUCAAGAGCAACGCUCUGUGCAGCCACCCCUACUGCCAUGACUGCAUCGCCAAAUUCGUCGAAGCCAAUGUAGCAGAUGGCGCAGCCACUAUUAAGUGCCCUGCCCCCUACUGCAAUCAUCAGCUGGAUCCUGUCUCGUGCAGCCGUGCAGGCCUUUUUUGGGAUCGAUAGAUGCUACUGCCCGUACAGAGACUGCUCGACGUUAGUCCUUAACGAGUGCGGCGGCCAGGUGAAGAAAGCUGCGUGUCCCAACUGCGGGAGGGAAUUCUGUUUCCAGUGCAGGGUUCCGUGGCAUGCAGGGUACUGGUGCAGAGAAAGCAGGCAGAGGAGGAACAGGGACGAUGUCCUGUUCGGGAUGCUGGUGGAAUGGAAGAAAUGGAUAAGGUGCUACAAAUGUGGACAUGCAAUUGAGAAAAGUGGUGGUGUGGGUAUGGGUAACUUACUGAAUAAGCAAGUUCCCCAAGAACGCGAAGAAAGGCUUAUUCAAUCGGUUGCAGAUGAUGAUGUAGAAGAAGGGGAUUCGGAAUUCACUUGCCAAAUUUGCAUGGAAUCAAAACCAUCCACCGAGAAAUUCAACAACACUCUCUGUCGCCACCCCUUCUGCCUCAACUGCAUAACCAAAUACAUAGAAUUCAAGGUAGGAGAUGGUGUCGCCACCGUCAACUGUCCUGCAGUCGACUGUGAUCACCAGCUGGAUCCUCUCUUGUGCCACUCUGUUAUCUCAAAACCCCUGUUCGAUCGGUGGUGCGAUCGUCUCUGCGAUUGUGCAAUUUUAGGAAUUGAUAGGUGUUACUGCCCGUAUAGUAACUGUUCGAUGUUAGUCCUCAACGAGUGUGGCGGCACGGUUAAGAAAGCUACAUGUCCUGAUUGCAAGAGGGCAUUUUGUUUCAACUGCAAGGUUCAGUGGCACGCAGGGUACUGGUGCAGCGAAAUGGCAGAGAGGAGAAACCGAAACGAUGUCCUUUUUGGGAUGCUAGUUGAAGAGAAGAAGUGGAAAAGGUGCUACAGAUGUGGGCAUGUUAUUGACAAAAUUGCUGGCUGCAGAGAAGUAAAAUGCAGAUGCGGGGAAAUUAUCUGUCAUGAAUGUGGAAGAGCGUUCGAAUACUUUUCCCAAUGUUGCAAUCCAACUGACAAUAACAUAUAUCGUUGCAUGCUUUGUCUUAUACCUUGCCACUAGCUAUGUUGGCCGGUUUUAUGUUAUUGAUGCUGAUGUUCUUGGUUAUAUCUAAGCUUCAUUUUUUAAGUCUUUUAUUGUAACCAUUCAGACAGAUGUUCUUUAGCUAGUAGUUAUUAGCAAUGCCAAUUGAUUACAUUAUUUUUAUACUAAUAUAUGUUAGCUUUCACC